AUGGUGUUACCCAGCGACGACGAGGGGCAAUCCUCAACAAUGCGACAACCGGAUGUGAAGGAAAAACAGCCAGCCCUGACUCCGAAUCGGGAGGUAAAUGAUGGAGAUUUUCAGGACCGAGACGCUCUGCAAAAGGGAAAAAAAGAUUAUAAAAGUGGUGAAGUGGAGAGUGAUUCCUCCUCUCCUUCGCUACCUGAUGAAUCAGCCCCUCCUCCUCUUCCUAAUGAGCCUAUACCAGGACAAGUCGAAGACGAUGGAUGGGAUGCUAUGUGGGAUGAAAAUGCACAAGGGUACUAUUUUUAUAAUCGCUUCACUGGAGUUUCCCAAUGGGAGAAUCCUCGGGUGCCAGAUACCCAGCAAGGACCUCCUGGUGUAGAAAACAGCCAAGAUGAUGCGAAAGAAGAUCGAAAGCCACAGCCACGUUCCCAGGUCGCAGGAGGUUAUGAUCCCGCCAUUCAUGGUGACUACGACCCAAAUGCUUGGUAUGCACAACCCCAAGCAGACGAUUCCUCAGCGCCGGCCACCACCACAGAUCCCGACGUCCUCUAUACCGCCACUGGUGCAUUUAAUCGUUUCACGGGAAAAUGGCAGCCUCUAGGUCUAACGCCGGAGAAUUUUAAUGAUGAAAACAAAAGCCGCCGACAAAUGAAUGCAUACUUCGACGUUGAUGCCGCAGCUAAUAGUCAUGAGGGAAGAAGCCUCAAAGCAGAACGAUCUGGAAAGAAAUUAACAAAAAGGGAGCUAAAGGCAUUCAAGGAAAAGAGAAGGGAAAAAAAGGAAGAAAAGAGGAGAGCCUGGUUAAGAGACUGA